UUGACGUGGCGUCGCUGGCCGCCCUGGGCACUGAAACCCGCGGCUGUUGCUCGGUUCGUCUGCUGCGGGAGACGCUUGUACGUCCACAGUGUCCCCGGUAUCUUUGCGGACUAAACGGUCGCCCUCGGUGAAAAACACUAACCUCUCCUCGUCCGCCAACGCGCAAGACGAUGAACGGUAAGUCGACGAACGGUACGGCGGGAGGGAUGGCCUGCAUCGAGGGUCUCCCCCCGCUGCCGAAGAGCCUGAGCGGCUUGCUGAACUCAAGCGGCGGCUCCUGGCGAGAAAUGGAGAGGAUGUACGUGAAGAAAACCAUGAUCCAGGACGACCUGAGCCGAGGCAGGAACAACGCCGACAACCUGCUGGCGAACAAGCCGGCAAACCUCGACGCUGCCCUGGCUCUCCUGCGGAAAGAGAUGGUGGGCUUGCGUCAGCAGGACAUGUCCCUGCUGUGCCAGCUGUGGUCGCUCCACGAGUCGAUCCAGGAGUACAAAGGCAGCUGCCAGGACCUGAGCGCCGCCUCCAGCCUCAGCAUGAUGGAGAACGGCUACUUCGACGAGGACGACGAGUAUUACCCGGAGCCUGGCGCCACUCCCACCGGGGAACAGCCGGACGGGGAGGUCGGAGACGGGAGGGCCACGAUGGCAGCGGCCAAGAACGGGGGCAGCAGCGGCAAAGACGACAGCUGGGACUCCUUUCACGUCACCAUCUGAGCCCUCAUUCUCGGCAGCUCUCUGCAGAUGGAAAGACAAUUUUGGGGGUAACAGACUGAGCUAAGCUGGAGCAAAAGUUGAGCGGCUCUGGAAACCUUCUGGCCUUCGAGAGGGAAGUGGAUGGUUCAUGGCGUCUCUUUUUUAGCACCAGCUCCAGCUUCACUUGUGCUCUUCCUCAGGUGAAACAUAUACCUGCUUGUGCUGCAGAAUGUUUUUUUUUUUUUUUGCAGCGUGACCAGGACCUUCAUCAGACUGUGGAGCUGAGCGGCCGGGUGUCCUGACAAGUUGCUUGCUAACACCCUCUGAAACACUCAGGAGUUGAGCUGGAUUGUAUUCAAAGACUCCGUAUACUCAAAAUUAGGCAAUAUAUUCGAUGAAUUUCUUUUUAUAAUCAGCUCCGCUGCUGCUUCUGUAUCAAGUGGUUUUGCUAGCCAGUCACCCUUUUUUGUCAGAACGUUUUUUUACAUAUUCAAUAUAUAUGAACAAAGUUUUAUUAUUUAUUAUAUAAUAUAAAUAACAAGAUAUUUGCUUUCCUGUUGUUCUCAACGGAAGUUUUGUACUGCAGCUCUACCCAGGUACAAGGGUACAGCUUUUACAGGCUGGAAAUCCCAGAAAAACCGGGACUUGACACGUGAACACGGAGGAUGGGAUUUCUGAACUAUGCGAUCGAUGAUGGUGCAAGAGGGGAUCGACUUCCUGGACAUGUUGAUGGAGACUGCGUGUGUUACUUUUAAGCGGUGAAAUCAUUCAUUUAUGAUGUUUUAUGUACAGGGGUGCGGUCUACGGUUUUUGGCCUUUCGGAAGGAGCAUGUGUUUCUUCUGAAAAUGUGAAAUGUUCAGAAUGCUGGAAACAGUUUUUAAACUGUUUGCACAGGUGAGAACCACGGAAGCCCAGUGCCCUGGGCUGCAGAUACAGCAGUUCGCUUCUCCGAGCUUCAAAACUGUUGCUCGAACACAUUAUGGGCGACUGUGAUGUGUUUCUGUUUCUGACUUGGUGAUGUGGAAGGUCCAGAUUGCAUCCAUGUAAUAGAACGAAACAGUAGGACUUUGGAUCUUGUAAAUUAUGAUAAUUCUCAUACGUCAGAACUUUGGUCUUUUUUCAUAGUUAUGGCCAUUGUUCCUAUAAUAACAACAUUGUACUCACUGAGUUAAUUGCCGAGAGCCGGGGACUUGGCAACAAAAAACAAGCAUCUGUUCCCGGAUCUCGGCAAUUAGUAUGUUGAGUGCAGUAUUAUCAUAAUCGAUAGAAGUGACAGUAAAAACUAUGAAAAUAACACCUAAUGUGUGCUAAACUAUAAUUAUCCUUCAACAUAGCCAGGUAGCAGGUGCUAACUAGUUAGCGACAAUUGAAAACAUUCAGGAAAAAAAAAAAACGGGAUAAAAUCCGUUUGGCUAUGAUCAACCUCACAAGCUUUGCACUUGCUAAUUGUUACGUAUUUUCAUUAAUAGCAGCGACACUGAUGCGGAAUCAGAAGUGCAUGAAUCUGGCCCUUUGGUGGUCAGUGAAUCUGAAAAGUUCUGUUUCGGUCAAAUUGUAAGUUGCUGUCGACCGGCCAGGUUUUUCUGUGGUCCCUCUGUGGCCUUCAAAUAUGGCCGCCGGCGCCAACACAGAGCUGUAGCUCCAAACCUGGUAGCAAAUGUCUGGGCGCUUUGUAAUACUUUGUACCCUAACAUAAAGACCUUAAGCAGCCUCAUCUUAGCAACACAUGCUCCGCUGCCUCCGGCGGAAACGCCUGGAGCAGCUCCGUACGGGCUCAAGGUCAGGCUGGACAUUAUUUAAGACAUGUCAGAGGGGAUGUAAUGCAAACCACCCAGUUUCUGUUCAACUAUCUGAGCCUCGUCCUGAAACCGUGGUGGCGGGGAGUUUUCAUUUCUACUCAAUACUGGUCACUAACAAGUCAAGUUUUUCUUUUUAUUUUGUGUCUAUUUUGUAAAAUGUAUGCAUGUGAACAAAAUAGACAAAAACCUUCCAGUACAUUGAGGUGAUGCUCUCCCGACGGACUUCUGCUUGCAUUCGGAGGAGUGUUUCAGUUUCGACAUUUUGAACAAAAAUACUCCACUAACGCAGCCUUACUUUAAACUAUAAAAAGGUUUUUUUUUUUUUAUGGUGUUGUCCUGCACCACGUAUCCUACGACAGGCAAAGACGUAAUUCUCACUUCUAAUAUGGCGCAGUUGUCUGCGCGGUCUUCCUUAACGUCUACACCUCCACAGCGAAGGACUCAGCCGAACCUGGAGCGCGAAACGCAACCUGCAAUACUGUCAGUACCCACCAUCACUAUGAGACGCUGUAGGAAGUUAAUAUUUCCAUUAAUGCGUUGCUACCGUGUCUGUGUAGAUCACACGGCGCCAUCUGUUUGUAGACCGGCCCGCCCUCUGUGUGCUGAUGGACCACGAAACCAAAGACAGUACAGCACUCAACGUGAGAUGCAUUUGGUUCGAGGUGCUGAAGAAGACCACCUGCUUUUCACGAAUGGUUACAGUUUACUUAAAAAGGUACAGAACGUCUAGACGUCUGAUGUCUUGAAGAAUGUCUUUACGAGUCGUUUUCGCAGCUGAUGAACGGAGUGCGACGCUUAACUCUAAACAGGUUGUCACGGUCCCUUGGGGCGUUCGUUGGUGGGGCGACAACUACGCCUUGAACCCGCUCAAUGCAGCGCUAAUGUUUUCAGUUGGAUAAGACAAAGCGUUUGAUUUCUAAUUGCGUAGUUGGUGUGAAAUUGAUGUCGCCGACCGACAUAUGAAAGUCUAACAGAUUCGUUCAUCGUUGAACGCCGUCGCACCCACACGCGUUUUGGGUAAAGAGCUCAAAAGUCAAAGGUGUGGUAACGGUAACCGUACAAAACGGACAGUAGUUAUCGUACAUACAUUACAGCAGUGUGAUGUUAAAGGAAUAGUUUGACAUUUUGGGAAAUGUACUUAUUUGCUUCGUAUGUCAGAUUAGAAUCAGAGUUCCCUAAGAAGAUCGAUCCCACCGUCCUGUCUCUGCGGUAAAUAUGAAGGUACGCUAGCAGCCGGUAGGCUUAGCUUAGCACAGUGACUGGAAACGUGGGGGGGGGGCAGUUAGCCUGGCUCUGUCUGACGGUGACAACACCCACCAGCAACUCUAAAGCUCACUAACAUGUUACAUCUCAGUGUUUUAAUCUGCGCACAAACCACCGUUUCAAAGACGGCACAUGGUUUAUGCGCUGAACUAGAAGAAGGCAAGAUGACAGGACAGCAAAUCAGCAUAUUUCGCAAAAAUGUCGAACCGUUCCCUCAUCAGUUGGAUCUUUUCAGUCAAAACUCUGAGGUUAAAUGAAUAUCUCUCGAGGGUAUUUGUCGUUUUCCUAUGAUCUGAGUUCGGGUUAACUGAGGUUUUUCUGCUUCUCACAUAUUUACCUACUCACCCUUAAACUUUACCUGUUCAUAUCCACAAUGCAUCUGCAAGUUUUUCUGAAUACAACCGCAGAACUAAUUACAGGCCUUUCAUAGAAUACAGGGGUUUAAUUGUCUAAUAAGUCGGAUUGAAUGUCUGUCCUCUGCGUUAUUUGUUACGGAUCUUUCCAGUCCGUGUAGGGCCACGGUUUCUGAAACGUAACAUUUUGUCUGUACAGUAAACCUGGAUCUGAAUGCUACUAAUACUUCCUGUCGAAUUAACCAUUCAGGGUCGGUUUAAAUCACCUGUUUUAUCGCUGAAACCUGUUGCUAAUCUGAAGCUCAAAGCACCUUUUAUCAAACAAUCUAACCGAUGCCAUUUAAAACAUUUCGGAAAAAAAUCUCGACCCAGGCCUUUUAUUGGAUGUUGACACAAUUAGUGCCUUUGGAAAACCUUCAGGACCCAGACCCUGUGGCUUGCUGUUCAAGGUUGAGAUGCGAAUUUACCACAAACUGUUUAUUGUUUGACCUGCUUGACAUGCACUUGGUUUUUUAAAGCUGCUAUCUGUAGUAUUUCAGAUUUGAUGACUCAAGCAGCCCCCUAAAUCCUUCAGCGGUGAUGUUGUACGUCACUGUUACAGAGAUGACUCAGUGUCUGGGUGACCAAAUGUUACCAAUCUAUGUAUUAUGCUCCAACUACAAAUCCAGAAAAUCCCAGAAAGAGCGGAUUAAAAGGUGCGCUAGGAGAUUUGGAUGAAUGUGUUUGUUCAGUAAAAAGAGUCAACUUGAUCCCGAGGUUCACUCUGGUCUUUUCCAGGCUCUGCUGUUAUUUUUGGUUUUUUUUCUUUACUCCUCCAUCAACGGUUGCUUUCCAAUUCUAUUGAUGAGGAUGCAGCUGUUGGGAACGGCGUAUUUUUGAUGCUUCUUCCCUCUGAAGUCCGAGUUGCCUCGCACUCUUCGUUCAGAGCGAGGCAGUUCCCUUCCUGUCGGGGGGUUGACGCGUUGCCACAUAUUGUACACGUCAGACAUGUGCCGUAACAUGUACACAGGAUAAGAGGUGAUGGCAUCAGCUUCCUACAACAUUCAUCCUGUAACAGCCUUAAAAUCUGUCCCCUCAUUUGCAAAAUAAGCUACGUGGUUUCCCUCCUUCACUCGUUCAAACGUUUCAAGUGUUCAACUAUGGCUUUGCACUUGUUUUGUUUGUGGCUGUUAUGGGCUCAAUCCCCCAAAACUACAACUACCUGAUGCCCUUAGUCGGUCUUCAAUACACAGGUGUGCGGUGCUCCCUGUACAGGAACACUACGGUAGCAGAGGAGAGUUUGAAAGGAGCUUCUAACACCAGCAAGUCGUACCCAGUAUCGUACCUAUAGCAAAUGAAUGGUGUUUGUUUUUCUACUUUUACGACCUCCCCUUUUCACGAGAUUAUUGGAUGUGUCAUGUGGUGUUGCCUUCUCAGGGUAAACUUCUGGCAAAAUGUUGUUCGUGUUGUGGGCUCCUCAAGAGAAAUGAUCAAACAUGUCUUCACCUUGGAGGGACAAAAAAAAUUCUUAUCGUAAUGUGACACUUUGUUAUUCGGUUGUUUUGUUUUUUUCUCAUUCAGGAUUAACAGGAUCAUUUUUACAGAAUGUGGUGUCCCACCUCUAUACCUAGAGCAACUACGAUGGAUUUAUUCCUAUGGAAAUUGUAAAUGUCAUUUCAUUCCCCCUCUAAAUCAAAAAGCCAGGGCUUCUUUCUGGAGCCACCAUUUUGCACCGAAUUCGUACAAUCACGUGGAGAAUUUUUCUACUUAAAGUGGCCUCAAUAGACCAGAAUGCAAUGCAACCGCCAAGACGUGAGGGGGCGGGCGCUGUGGUAGUCAGACAUGCCUCCGUUUUGACACCCCUGCUUUGGCGGUUGUUAGGAAGGAUUAUGGGAAAUAAGGGAAGGAUGUGGAGGUGGAAAUGCACCAAAAGGAGCAAACUGAGACUCUUCGACACAGAAUAACUCGAUCAAAGAUGACGAUAUUCACUGAGUGGGUGUUGGAGGGGACAUUUGUUCCUCUGACGUGUUGGUCUAUAGUCAGAGGGGCCAGCUUUCAGCCGCCUGAAAACUUCUUCGCCUCCCCGAAAAAGCCUCAAAAUGUAUGAAAACACAAGUUCAUGGAAACAGGCUUCUUCCACAGCUGACUACAGCUGACUUGUGUCGAGACACCACUUUAACUACAGCUCAUAAAUCAGCCAAUAAAAAACCCAAGACACUCCAGCAGAUCAUUUUUGCAGCCAAUCGUUAGCGUCGACGUACUGAAUAUACAGAUUAUAAUCCACUUUUUGUAUGUACCAGCUGUAGCCGUUGAACUGGUUUGAAUCUGUCCUUGGUAACUUAAUGAGAGACCAGAAACAUGAAAUGUCUGACUUCGUAUUUAUACCGUAUAUCAUAAUCCUUCAUUAAAUAACUAUAGGGAAAAAAGGUUUUUAUGUAUUUUGUGUUGCAUAGCGCUGUUACCAUCCAUCAUUACUCCUGUUUUUUAAUCCAUGAAUGACCAUACUACUGUUUCUUUGGACAAUAGUCUUAAUGCUUUCCUCUCAUAGUUAUUAUACUGAUAUUAAUUUAAUAAAGUGAUUCCAUACUUUUCA